AUGGAUGAGGAUCAAAAUGUAACAUAUUUUAUUCUUGGUGGUCAUGUUGAAUUACACAAAUACAGGUAUCUUUAUUUUAUGAUCAUGUUGACAGUUUAUGUUCUAAUAAUCUGUUUUAAUUCUACUAUUGUUUGUCUGAUCUGGAUUCAUAUAAACCUCCAUGAACCAAUGUACAUUUUCAUUGCAGCUUUGUUAGUGAAUUCUGUUCUUUUUAGUUCUGCUCUCUACCCAAAGCUUUUAAUUGAUUUUUUAUCUGUAAAACAGGUCACACCAUAUGCAGGCUGUUUGUCUCAGUAUCUUUUGGUCUAUUCUUUAGGAUUAUCAGAUUUUUUACUCUUAGCAGCCAUGGCUUAUGACAGGUAUGUGUCUAUAUGUAAACCUCUGCAAUAUCACACCAUCAUGAGGAAAACAAACAUCAUUAUCUCUCUGUUUGCAGCUUGGCUUCUGCCAGUUUGUCAUAUGGCUGUGGCAGCUGCACUUUUUGCUGAAAGAAAACUUUGUGACUUUACUUUGAAAGGAAUAUUUUGUAAUAAUUCAUUGUUCAAACUUCAGUGGGUGAAAUCUCCAAUAUUAACUGUAUAUGGUUUGCUUAUUUUGUUGGUGUUUGGAAUUUUCCCUGUGUUCUUCAUACUUUUCACAUACUCAAAUAUUCUUAGAAUAUGUUACAAAAGUAGUGCUGAUGUGAGGAAAAGAGCUGCAGAGACCUGUUUACCCCACCUGCUGGUUUUAAUCAGCUUUUCAUGCUUGGCCAUAUAUGAUGUCAUUGCAGCUCGAUUGGAAUCAAAUAUUCCAAAAACUGUUCAUUUAAUAAUGACUUUACAAGUUACUGUGUAUCAUCCUCUCUUUAAUCCACUGAUAUAUGGACUAAAAAUGAAAGAAAUUUCAAACCGUCUCAUGAGACUAUUCUGUCACACAGUGAGAACUGUUUAA